UAUAAACUGGAAAACGAAACUGAAGACACUGGAUUUCCCAAGAAAGCAUUCGCUUGAUAGGACAUACAGAGAGAGAUACAUCGGUUUUAAUUUGAUGCGAGUUUCUGUAGUCACGGUCGACACACUUUACAUUUUUUGCAUAAUAUAUGUUAAGGAUAAUUACCAGACGGAGCUUUACUUUAAUCCAGACAAUACUGAUUCGUGAACUUCGGCACACUGUCCGAAGACGAGAUUAAGACAUGUCUCAAUCCAAACCGCUCCUCAUCCCAUGGCUGCGCGAACAGAUAAAUAGUGGCCGGUAUCCCGGGGUUACCUGGACCAAUCAGGAGCAAACAGAGUUCUGCAUCCCUUGGAAACAUGCUUUGAGGCAGGAUUCCUGCAGCGAUGAUGUACUUAUUUUCAAGGCGUGGGCUGAGGUUAGCAAUGGUAGGGUUCAAGGCGACCACUCCAUUUGGAAGAGAAACUUCCGUUCUGCCCUCCGAGCCAAGGGGUUCAAAAUGCUCCAUGACAACAAAAAUGAUGCAGCCAACCCCAACAAACUGUUCCAGUGGCCAGAUGAGGCACCCACAGGAGGAUCUCAGCAACCAGAACAUGAUCUGUAUCAAGAUCCCAGUCCAUUACAAGAAAGUCAUGGUCUACCAUGUUUUAAUGACCUUUACCUUGCAGCAGAAGAAACUGUAUACACAGCGGAGGGGAUCUCAACCACUAUCAACCAGGAUUUACUUCAGAAAUGUCUGCAAGGGUUGAACAUUGAACAAACAGAAGCUAUUCGGGGUUAUGAACUCCCCGUCGAGGAACUGCAAUAUCCAAUGGAGGGCACGAUUGGAGGGCAUGGUUUGCUAGGGCAACAGCAGAAUCCGGUUGUAAUGGAGGAUGCUGUGGGUGGAGCCGUGUUGCCCCCGCAACCGGUGUAUCCAAUGGAUGGAGCCGUCGGUGGUGCCCAUGAACAGCGGAUGGUGGAGCAGUUAACAAAUGAAUUGUCCAGAACCAUGGUGGACGAAAAUUUUAAAACUCACUUCAGGGUUUCUGUGUACUACCGGGGAGUGAAGAUGCCUGAGCAGCUGGUUGAGAACGAGGCAGGGUUCAGAUUAGUCUACAGCUCUGUCUCUACUAGACCUGAACUUACACAACCGCUUCUGGACCCAGAUUCUGGCCUGAAUCUGGUCUCUCUGCCCAGUCCACCGCCUGUCCGGGACGAAACUCAGGCCAAACUGACCCAAGAUAUCCUGGCUCUCCUGGGAGAGGGCCUGGAGGUGGGUGCCUCCGGGUCCAUCAUCUACGGACUCCGUAAGGGUGAAAUUAAGGCCUUCUGGAGCCUUGACAAGUUUGACAAUAGCAGGAGGCCCCAGGGAGUGUCCAAAUGCCCGGAACCACUAUAUCAGGCCAAGGACUUCUAUGGAGGGCUGUUGAAGUUCAUAAACAAUGAAGGAAAAUGUCCCCCCUUUUCUCUAUUCUUCUGUCUGGGAGAGAAGUGGCCAGACCCGGACAACAGACCCUGGGAGAAGAAACUGGUCAUGGUCGAGGUGGUGUUAACCUCUCUGGAGCUACUGAAGUCAAUGGCGGUGGAAGGUGGUGCCUCCUCUCUGCAGUCUGUGGAACUGCAGCUGUCCUUGCAGGAGUAUCUGCAGGAGAUGAUGGACUUGUGCUAAAGAGGGACUGAUCCACCUACUGUAAAAUACUGAGUAUCCAUUCUGUCAUAACGUUUACUAUUUUGUAUGACCAUAUUUGAUCAACUGUUCAGAACCAAAACAACAGUAUGUGAGGGGGAAUGGGUUAAAUAAGCAUUUAAGUUGAAUGUCUAAUAGGGAACCUCACUCUGUUUUGGGUUUUUUCAAUGAUACUGUAAUCAACAAGGCAUGCAGGGUUCUAAAUUGCAACUAUUUUGGUCACAUAUGCUCCUUAAUAUUUUGCUGUGCGACCUGGAUUUUGUAUUUGGGAGCACCAGUGUGCUGGUACUGAUUGCACACGUUGACUACAGAAACACCGCUAACCAAACAACAAUCUAUGUAUUGCUGUUGGUUGCUACACUCAAAAUGUGCCCUCAAAGGUGCCGUCAUGAUGUGGUUUAAUUUAGGACAAAACGGAAUUAGCCAACAAAAAUGCCCAAACUAUGUAGAAGCCUAAUAUUCUACUCAUGUAGUUUCAAUGACAGGUAUUUGUAUCAAUUUUAGCUUUUUAUAAUAAACAAAUGUGUUUACAGGGUUACCUAUUCGUUUCUAGGGCACAACAUGUGCUUCAGAAGUUGUUUGAAUUCAUAUAGGCUAUAUCCACUUUUCUGGUGCUCUUAAAUGUUAUGUUGUGCUCCUAACUUUUUCAAGUUGUGAGCACCAGUUCAGGAUUAUUAAUUGAGGAUAAAUAUCAAAUCAAGCACAGUUAUUAUCCAUCUAAACUGGAGAGGUAAUGCAUAGGCAUGGCAUCUAUUUCACUUAAGUCUUAAUAAAUAAUAACUGUAAUAUGGUACAAUGGAUUUCACACCUUUAUUUAAAGGUCGACUGGCCAAUAGCAUGUAUGUAUGAGAUUGAAUGCAUCACUCAUCAUAACUAUCUCAUCUCGUUUUCAAAACCACUCUUUCAUAAGUCAAGACUUAACUGUAUGCUGCGGUGAGACUAAUUCAGACUACAAUAAAUAAAAAAAAUACCUUUAAAAUGUG